CGAACUCCUACUUAACUUAAGACUCAGUUUGACUUAGCCAUGGUGUCGUACGCACGUGUAGUUUACGCAGUUUUGUUGAGUUGUAUAACACAUGUGUACACAGACGGCGAAAACAUAACCGAAUCGUGCAUGUAUUUGUACGAAAAAGGUGUCGAGGCGUACUUGGACAAUCGAUUCGACGCGUGUAUUGUUCAUUUCGAAAAUGCGAUACAGAAAUAUAGGGACUACAGGAAAAGACUCCAAAACUGUCGGAUUAUGUGCAAGGAGGAAGCGGACUUGUCGGAACCGCUUUAUCCGGUCGAUAUCGACGAUCUGUUGUUUUUCGAAAAGGCGGUCAAAAACACGCUGUGCAUCAUGAAGUGCAAAAAGGCCUACAAAGACAAUUUUUUCAAAUUUAACGUCGAUAAAGAGACUGAAAAGCUCUUCGAGGACCUGAAGCCCUACGAGUACUUGCACAUCUGCUACUUUCAGAAUAAGGAAGUACAAAAGGCCGCAUCUGCCGCUUUCACGUAUUUAGUCUCAUAUCCCGACGAUAAAAUAAUGUCAGCUAAUCUGAAAUACUACUCUUCCAUGAGCGGAGUCGACAUGACGGAAGUAGUGAAUUUCGAAGCCAAAGAUUACGUUUAUUUGUACGUCCACGGUGUGGACGCGUACGAGAGGAAAGACUGGGACGGGGUUGUGGACAACAUGGAAGAAUCACUCGCGGCUUAUCUCCAAGCCGACGAGGAAUGCAGGGCACAGUGCGAAGGGCCCUUUGACCAGGGCUGGUACCCAGACUUUGUCCCGUCAAUUGCCAACCAUUUCACCUACUGUCUCAAAUGUAAGCAAAAGUGCAAAACGAAACUGAGCUCGCUCAAUGGGGAAAAACACGACGAUCUGCUCCCCAGCCACUACCACUACUUGCAAUUUGCAUAUUUUAAAAAGGGUAAUUUAAAAGCGGCGUGUGCAGCUGUGUCUAGCUAUUUAUUGUUUUACCCAGAGGACGAAACAAUGGUCGAAAAUAAGAAAUUUUACAGUAAAUUACCGAAGUUCAGCGAGGAUUUUCUCGCACCCAGAGCCGAAGCGCUACACUACGUCCAGAGACACACCUACGAACAGAGGAUCCUCAAAUUCAUUGUGCACGAAUACAAAUUUGACGUUUCCACGGAACUUACGUCUGAGGCGUUACAGUAUCGCGUUGUAAUGACGGAAAAACAGCUCCAGGGUCCAAACAGAUUCGUAUCUGAAGGUUUGGCAACGAGCAGCGAGUGCCAAACGUUGGUCAACACCGCCAAAAUGUUCGCUUUAUCAGGCGACGGUUAUCACGGAUAUCAAUCACCGUUCACAGUUUUUGAAAAAUUUAGGGGCAUUACUUUAAGCCGCGCUACAGCUCUGGUUUACUUCAAUUUGCUCGAACCGCAAUAUUUGCGCCUCUUGUUGCAAAUCUCCGACUUGGGGAAAACCAAAAUUGAGGAGUUUUUCAAAAUCAAAAAACCGCUCUUUUUCACUUACACACACCUCGUAUGCCGAUCAGCCCAGCAACACGCUCCAAUUAAUCGUACAGAUUACAGCCACAUGAUUCACGCCGACAAUUGUAACUUAAUCAGCGAUACAAUCUGUGAAAAACAACCCCCUGCCUACACUUAUAGGGACUACAGCGCGAUUAUUUACCUAAAUGAUGAUUUCGAAGGGGGCGAGUUUGUUUUCGCGGGAGAUACAAACGGGGAGAAAAUCCAGAGUGUUAUCAACCCGAAAUGUGGCAGAAUGGUCGCGUUUUCGUCCGGUCCUGAAAAUCUCCACGGUGUUCGCGCUGUUAAAAAAGGUUCACGGUGCGCUAUCGCACUAUGGUUUACUUUCGACCCGAAACAUUCAGAAACGGACAGGGACGAGGCCUGGGAGGUGCUUGGGAAAAUGAAAUAGUACAAAACUUUUAUUUUUGUGUACCUGCAAUGAUACGUCUCAUACUUUCAAUUAAAAAAGUAUGGUCAAUGUGUUUGCUUACCUCAUAUUUUUAAUGGGUUGUGUUGAUAAGUCGUACUUAAUUAGUGUUACGUGUGGUGACCCUAGUCAACGCUGUUCCAGUUCUUUUAAUAAAUAUUUUUGUGAC